AUGUCAUCUGCUGUCUACUUCUGUGAUAACAAAGGGAAACCAAUUCUUUCGAGAAGAUACAAGGACGACAUUCCCUUGAAUGCAAUUGAUAAAUUCCAAGUGGUAUUAUCAGAUCUUGAAGAAGAGUCGAGUGUUAUUCCCCCCUGCAUUACACAUAAUGGGAUUCAAUAUUUGUUCAUUCAACAUAAUGAUUUAUACAUUGUUUCAUUAGCCACGUCACUGGCAACUAAUAUUGCUGAGAUUUUCACUUUUUUACAUAAGAUGAUGGAUAUCCUAGGUGAAUAUCUGAAGACUGUGGAAGAAGAGUCCAUUAGAGAUAAUUUUGUAAUUGUUUAUGAAUUAUUGGAUGAGAUGAUGGAUUUUGGUAUUCCUCAAAUUACGGAGACAAAGAUGUUAAAGAAAUACAUUACACAGAAAUCGUUUAAACUAGUGAGGGCAGCCAAGAAGAAAAGAAAUGCAGCAAGACCUCCAAGUGAAUUGACCAAUUCAGUCAGUUGGAGAGCCGAAGGAAUCAAAUAUAAGAAGAACGAAGCAUUUUUAGAUAUUAUAGAAUCUAUUAAUAUGUUAAUGACACAGAAUGGGAAAGUUCUUAGGUCCGAGAUCUUGGGUAGUGUUAAAGUAAAAUCGCGGUUAUCUGGUAUGCCUGAUUUGAAACUUGGUAUUAAUGACCGUGGGAUUUUCACUAAGUAUCUAGAUGGUAAUAAUAUAGGGGUCAAUUUAGAAGAAUCAGAGCUAUCAAGCAAAGGAAAUGAAAGUUCUAUUACUAGUAGUAGCGGUAAGACCAAGACCAAUAUUGAAUUGGAAGAUUUAAAAUUUCAUCAGUGUGUGAGAUUAAGUAAAUUUGAAAAUGAAAAAAUAAUUACAUUUAUUCCUCCGGAUGGUGAGUUCGAAUUAAUGAAUUACAGAUUAAACACUAUGAUUAAACCCUUGAUUUGGUGUGAUAUGAAAGUGAAAGUACAUUCAAAAUCAAGAAUUGAAAUAUUUUGUAAUGCAAAAGCACAAAUAAAGAAGAAAUCUGUUGCGACAAAUGUCGAGAUUAUAAUACCCGUCCCCGAGGAUGCCGAUACACCCACAUUCAAAUAUUCACAUGGUAAGAUUAAAUGGGUUCCUGAACAAAAUGCUAUUGUAUGGAAAAUCCAUACAUUCCCGGGUGGUAAGGAAUAUGGAAUGUCUGCAGAAUUAUUAUUACCAUCAAUAAAUAAUGAAGAGGAGCCAAAAUUUAAGAGACCUGUACAAGUGAAAUUCCAAAUUCCAUAUUUCACCACAUCAGGUAUUCAAGUACGUUAUUUGAAGAUCAAUGAGCCUAAACUUCAAUACAAGAGUUAUCCAUGGGUUCGUUAUAUAACACAGAACGGUGAUGAUUACACAAUAAGGCUUUCAUGA